AUGGCUACAAUGACAGUCACAGAGACUAAGACGCAAAGGGGACCCAGCCGGGCGUGGUGGAAGGAAGCAUCCAUCUACCAGAUCUACCCGGCUUCGUUCAAGGAUAGCAAUGGAGAUGGCCUCGGGGACGUCCGCGGCGUGAUCCAGAAGCUCGACUACCUGCAGAGUCUAGGAGUGGAUGCAGUGUGGCUAUGUCCAAUUUACAAGUCUCCUCAGAAAGACAUGGGCUAUGACAUAUCAGACUAUAGGAAUAUCCACGAGCCGUACGGUACCAUGCAAGACGUCGAGGAGCUGACUGGCGCUCUACACAGUCGUGGGAUGAAGAUGGUGAUGGAUUUGGUGGUCAACCACACCUCCGACCAACAUGCCUGGUUCCAGGAGUCAAAAGUAUCCCGCGACAAUCCUAAGCAUGACUUCUACAUCUGGAAAGAGCCACGUUUGGAGAAUGGCACACGCUCACCGCCCAACAAUUGGGCCUCCGCUUUUGGCGGCAGCGCUUGGACUUACAACGAGGCCAGAGACCAAUACUAUCUAGGGCUCUUCUGUCCUGAACAACCCGAUCUAAACUGGGAAAAUCCACAGGUGGUUAGAGAGGUCCACGAUGUCAUGACAUUCUGGCUUGAGAAGGGGAUCGAUGGCUUCCGCAUGGAUGUCAUCAACAUGAUCAGCAAAGUCCCAGGGCUGCCUGACGCACCGAUUACGCUGCCUGGCCGCAAGUACCAGCCUGGCGACAUGUACUACGCAUAUGGCCCACGGCUGAACGAGUACCUGCAGGGCUUACGCAGCGUUCUGGAUCGAUAUAAUGCCUUCGCAGUGGGUGAAAUGCCCAACGUCAAGAAAGACAGUCAAGUCGCCGCCGUGGUCGCGUCGGACCGCAAGGAGCUGAACAUGAUCUUUCAAUUCGACAUUGUGGAUAUGGACAUCGGCGACAACGGCAAAUUCUCGCCGCGUGGGUGGAGUCUCAACACGUUGAAGAACAUUGUCAAUCGUUGGCAGACAUUCAUGUACGACGUUGACGGUUGGAAUGCUCUGUUCCUCGAGAACCACGAUCAGGCCCGCUCGGUGUCACGCUUCACAAAACACCGGCCGGAACACCGCACGCUUGCUGCGAAGAUGCUUGCAACCUUCAUCGGGACACAAUCCGGGACGCUGUACAUCUAUCAGGGCCAGGAGCUCGGGAUGACCAGCCUGCCUGAGGACUGGUCUCUUGAUGAGUUCAGAGAUCUUGAGUCGCUCAACCACCACGCGGAAGCGGUGGAGUACUUCCACGGCAACGAGGAAGGCCUGAAAGAAUUCAUGCGUGAUCUGAGAAAGAAGGCGCGAGAUAAUGCCCGCUCACCAAUGCAGUGGAAUGCGGAGCAAAAUGCGGGCUUCAGCUCUGCAGAGGCGUGGAUGCGGGUCAAUGACAGCUAUCCCGAGAUCAACGCGAAGCAGCAGGACAAUGAGGCUUCGAGUGUGCUCAACUACUGGCGCACCCUGCUGAAGGCGCGAAAAGAGCACGUCGACAGCCUUGUCUACGGCAACUUCGAACUAGUGCAGGACUCUGAUGAGUCUGUUGUCUGCUUCAAGCGUGGUGGUGGACAUUGCGCGGAUGCUUGGACUGUACUGAACUUCACCGAUGAGGAGGUGGUAUGGAAGGCGCCAGAUGCGCUGUUGCAGACCAUUGCUUGUGGCAGACAGGUCAUUGGGACUUAUCAGGAUGCUGUCAUUCGAGACGGGAACAAGCUUCGGUUGAGACCGUUUGAGGCGAGGACUUUCAUCUAG